AGCAAGGACAUGAGCACUGGACCUUGUCCCAGAGGUUUGGUGUCUUUGCCUCCUCCCUUGGAGGAGGUCAAGGAAAGAAGGCACAACUGAGAGAGAAGGUUGGAUGAAGUUCAUCACUGCUCUGCCAACACUCUAUGUCUGUGGUGCUUGGGAGACUGAUGGGAAAAUGAGGAAUUAGGAAAUGAGGACAUAGAAAAAAAAUCCUGCUACAAGCAAGCCUGAAAUUAAUGUGGUCAGAAAGAAGGAAUGGAAAUGAUUCCUGCAGUUUGCAAUGGGGAGAUGAUGGGCUCAGCAGCAAGGUAUCCACAGGCCAGAUGGAUCUAGUCUUGCCUACCACCCACUCCUGAGCUGUGCUGUUUAUUGACAUUUGUCACUCCCAAGGACUUGUGUUUGAGCAGAAGAGCCAAAGAACCUGGGUGUGACAUCGGCAUGAAUGAGAGAAGAAAGUAGUGCAGUGUUGGAGGUGCCUGUUUGCUGCCACUGUUUAGAGGGAAAAUGAUGCAUUAUGGGGACUCACUCGAAAGGAGUGAAUGAGAUGAACUGUUUGGGUUAUAGUAUCUGAAAGGCUAAAUUAUUCUCUUGGAGAGACGUUCUAAAUGAGCCUGACCGAGAUCCUGGAUCUGUGUGAAGAGGACUAAGGAUAUAGGAUGUCAACUGAGACAGAACUUCAAGUGGCUGUUAAAACCAGCACAAAGAAAGACUCCAAAAAGAAAGGUCAGGAUCGCAGCGAAGCCACUUUGAUAAAGAGGUUCAAGGGUGACGGUGUCCGCUACAAGGCCAAGCUGAUCGGGAUCGAUGAGGUUUCUGCUGCCCGAGGGGACAAGUUAUGCCAGGACUCCAUGAUGAAGCUCAAGGGAAUUGUUGCUGCGGCUCGAUCGAAAGGGGAGCAUAAACAAAAAGUCUUCUUAACAGUUUCCUUUGGGGGAAUCAAAAUCUUUGAUGAAAAGACAGGGCUACUCCAGCAUCACCACGCAGUUCAUGAAAUUUCCUACAUUGCAAAGGAUAUCACAGACCACCGAGCGUUUGGAUACGUGUGUGGAAAGGAGGGAAAUCAUAGAUUUGUGGCAAUAAAAACAGCCCAGGCAGCUGAACCUGUAAUCCUGGACUUGCGGGACCUGUUUCAGCUCAUCUACGAACUGAAACAAAGGGAAGAAAUGGAAAAAAAGGCACAAAAGGACAAACAGUGUGAGCAGGCGGUAUACCAGACAAUUUUGGAAGAAGAUGUAGAAGAUCCUGUAUACCAGUACAUUGUGUUUGAGGCUGGACACGAGCCCAUCCGUGAGCCUGAAACGGAGGAAAACAUUUAUCAGGUUCCUACCAGCCAAAAGAAGGAAGGUGUUUAUGAUGUGCCAAAAAGUCAACCUGUAAGUGCUGUUACCCAACUAGAGCUUUUUGGGGACAUGUCCACUCCUCCUGAUGUAACCUCUCCCCCAACUCCUGCUACUCCAGGUGAUGCCUUUAUCCCAUCUUCAUCCCAGUCACUCCCUGCCAGUACAGACAUGUUUGGUUCUGUACCUUUCAGCACUGCUGCCGUACCCUCAGGUUAUGUUGCCAUGGGAGCUGUCCUGCCCUCCUUCUGGGGACAGCAACCCCUCGUUCAGCAGCAGCUGGCCAUGGGUGCCCAGCCUCCAGUCGCUCAGGUGAUGCAGGGAGGACAGCCCAUCGCGUGGGGCCAGCCCGGCAUCUUCCCUCCCGCCCAGCAGCCGUGGCCGUCCGUGGCUGGCCAGUUCCAGCCCACUGCCUUCAUGCCCACACAAACUGUUUUGCCUUUACAAGCAGCCAUGUUUCAAGGUACCAUUGCUCCCAUAGCCACCGUCCCGCCCACGAGCGAUUCCAACAGAUCGAGUCCGCAGACAGACAGGCCCAGGCAGAAAAUGGGAAAAGAAAUGUUUAAAGAUUUCCAGAUGGCUCAGCCUCCACCAGUGCCAUCAAGAAAACCGGAUCAGCCUUCCCUCAGUUGUACCUCAGAGGCCUUCUCAAGUUACUUUAACAAAGUUGGGAUGGCACAGGAAGCAGAUGAUUGUGAUGACUUUGACAUCUCUCAGUUAAAUUUGACUCCUGUGACUUCCACGACCCCAUCUACAAAUUCACCUCCCACCCCUGCACCCAGACAGAGCUCUCCAUCCAAAUCAUCAGCAUCUCAUACGAGUGACCCUGCUGCAGACGACCUCUUUGAAGAGGGGUUUGAAAGCCCAAGCAAAAGUGAGGAGCCAGAGGCUGUGAGUAGCAAGAAGCCUGAUGGGUCUCAGGCCUCCUCCAACAGUGAUCCCUUUGGUGAGCCAGCUGGUGAUACUAUAAGUCCACAGGUCGGUAGCUAGAUAGCACAGGUUGGGGAAGCAGAACCUCUCUACGCGCAGAUUAACAGACCUAAGAAAUAGCAUUGUUACAGGCUUGUGGUGCUCCAAGACUCAAACGAAACCCAACAACCUGGCGGGCCUUUGGCUUUCAUGCUUUUUUCCGAUUGAUUUUGUCUGACAAAGGAGAGAGUUUGCCCUCCUGGACUGGCUCUACGAGUGUUCCUGAUGUGUGUUUUUGGCAACCUAUGGCAGCACAAAACAAAAACUCUCCCUGCUUCUCAUGCCACGAGUGCAGCCCCAUCCCCACAAGUGGUGGGUAUCCAGACUAGGAAAUCCUACUCCUCGGUCUUCUUUUAAACAUUUGUCACCUUCUGUCUGCCACCUAUAAAUAAUGAGCAUCUGAAAUUUAAUGGGUGUUAGACAUUCCUUUUCUUUUUCUUUCCAGCCAAAAGCAGAGUCUGUAUGUAGCAGUGACAUUAUCAUUCAACAGCCUUUGGGGCACGAGUCGGCACUUUUUAUGUCACGGUGACAUGUUUUUCAUCUUCAUUUACAUCAGGCUGAUCCUGACCAUUUUUUUUCCCUAUGUAGACAUAUUUAAACAACAACAACAAAAUACUGGUGGUGUCAUUUUUUUUUCUUUAUUUUUUCCUUUUUUUUUUUUAAUGUAUUUCUUACUCUGUAGUUUUGUAUGAGUGACAGAUCUAACAGUGAAACACCUCCUGCAGAAAUGGUUCCCAACUUGAAACCACAGGACAGAACUCGGUUGUUUAUCCAUCCUUGACUGAAAAUGUUGCCAAAUGGACCUUUAAGUUCUAGCACAUCAUGAGGAAGAAAUGCUGCUUUCUGUUGGAAUACUCAUGUUGUGGGUAGAGAAAGGACAUGGAGUCCCACUGAGGAGAGACAAAAGAGUCAGUAUUUCCUAGGAAACUCUAAACAAAGUGCAGAAAAGGAAUAUUUUUAUUUCUUCAAUAUCUUGCUGCUGUAAUGCUAUGCAGACAAGUGUUUUCUUCUCUGUGUGCCAUUUUUGAUGAAAAAAAAAUCAUUUGCCAAAUAAUACUGGUAUGCUUCUGGUUUAGGAGUUUGGAUGAAGCGGACUUGACAAAUGGGACAAGGACGGCAUGGAUUUUGGAAUAACAAACUGACUCUGUGAUCAAAAUUGUUCAUCUUUAUCACUUUUUGUACAUCAGAAAAAAAAAUCAAAUGGGAUUUUUAUUUUAUAACUUGAAAAAAAAAAUCUUACUGUUAAACUCUUUAAAUGUUUAAGGGGAAAUGGCUUUAAGGAGUUCGAAUGAAAAUUGCCAUUUUUUUUUGUAAAUAUAAAUGUUAUGAAAAUUCUUUUACUAAUGCCAUUACACAGUAGAGAAGGUAGCAAGUUGCAGUGCUUGGGAGGUGUGGCAAACCCAGUUUGUGGUUCUCACAUCACAUAUGUUUUUUCACAUGCUUAACAAUAAUGGGCUGAAGCUCAAGUGCAUUUGCCAAAAGCAGUCAGCUUGUCAGCAACUAGUGAAAUUAAUGGGAACACAUGAUUUUAUGGUCUAGCAUUAUCACAUGGACAUAAUUCCACUUACAAGAGAUCACUUUCCAUUGACAUUCCUUUGAGCCUCUGCAUAAAAGUCAUCCAAGUGUUUACACGCAGAACAAAAAGAAUUUAAAACUUCCUUUUUUUACAUUUAUGAAGCAAAAAGUGCAGUGUUUGGGUUCAUACGUUUAGCACAUGAUUUUCAUAAAGAAUCUAUAUAUUUUUUGCCCUACAGAGAAUUGUUAUACAGGUCAAAUGUGUUUUCCUGAUGUUCCUAUGCAGUUACAGUAUAUUGAAUUUAGUGGUUUAACACUAAAAAGAAAAAUAAAAAGAAGAAAAAAAAAGGAAAAAGGUUAAAGAAAUCAAAGGAUUAAUCAGUUUUUAGGGUUAUUGUGGAGAUUUUGUUUUUAAAUUGACACAUUAGGAUUUACAUUUUUGUCAUGAUUAAAAUAGGCCUGGAGUUAUCAAUGUUUUACUUUCUUUCAUCUCUAUUAUAAGCUAAAAAUGGUUUAGAAGGCAGAAUAACUGGGGUGAUGAUUGUUGGUGUGUGCAACCAAAUCUCACAACACAAUCCCAUUCUUUUAUUUUGAAUUAGAGAAAUUAGAGAAAUGUGCAUUGCAGAAUGUAUGUGAGUGAGAAAUUAGCUGUGAAUAGACCUAGUGAACCUGCAGAGCGGAGAAUUUUAUCCCCAUCCACGGUCAUUUGAUGCUUGUUCCUUAGUCAUGUGCAAACAGCUCCGUAGCAAAUCUUGUUUUCCCAUUGGAAGGUAAAGUUUUCUAACUGGAGGAGAUAAUUUAAAACUUGGUGGAUUGAGUGUUUCAGGAUUAAAAGCAGAGGUAAAAGCGUUUCUGGAGGACCCUUCUGUCAGAAUAUUUUCCUGAUUUGCACAGUGGUGCUACUUUCUUCCUCAGCAGCUUUUUGGGUUUUUUUGGGUUUUGUCCUGCGCAUGGAACCACAAACCCAGUUUUGGUUCAUCACAGCCAUUGGAGGUUUAGUGUCAUCAGUGCAUUUCCAGUUGUGGGGUGAAACACAGAGGAAAGAAGAGCUUGCUGUCUCAGAGGAUCGCAUUUUUGUAGGAAGCAGAUCCCUCAUGGAUAGGUGCCAAGGGAAUGAGGCUGGAAUUCUGGUGUCUCUGGGCCGUCACCACGGACCUUUGUCUUACUUUUGCUCAUGAAUAAAAACAGAUUCUGGAUUGUCUCGUCCUGUGAUCGUCCUUGUCGUGGCUGGGAUGCUGAGCUGAGAGGGCUGCACUGUACCAGUAUUGUAGAUAACUCCAAUAUCCAGCUUGUGCAAUUGUUUAACCCCUCAUCCUUCACUAGCACUAAAUUCGUCACUUUAAAUUUACAAACCAGGGAACCCCACCAGCCAUCCUGUUACCAUCCCCCCCGUAGCUUCUUGAUCUUUACCUGUCAUGAAAAGAUAUUUUGAUAGAUCGUAGUCAUCCGAGUGUCUGAUGGAACCUUUCAUCUCAAUAACGUACUGGGCACCUUCUUUGCAAAAAUGUUUACUCCGUGGUUUUCAUUCCGUUUUAUUUCUGCAUUCUGACACUUAUUUUUUUAAUAAAGAUGAGAAAGAUAAAA